AUGGCCCUCAAAAACCUGAAGUUAAGAUUCAAGAAGAACAGCUCGUCGUCGUCGGAUGAGUUCAGCAAGAAUGAACAGAAGGAAUCAUCCUCCUCGUUGGACUCCGAUGAAACCGAAAUCACCAUAGCUGAAGAAGAUGAAGCCAAGUAUGGAUACAAUACUUACAAUGACGUGGAGCCAAAACAUUCACUGAAUCCUACUUCGUAUAACGCUGUGGAAAGUGACUCUAACAGUCAGCACCAGCAGCCGCAGCAUCAUCAUGAAAGAAGAAUGGCCCCUCGCCGCUCUUCGCUCAGGGGCAGCAACGGCCCAAGACAACGUGCCCGUCGCCACUCUCUCACAUUCUCAAGCGAAGUGGUUGUGCAAAAAAUUACACCCACACAAGAAAUGGCAAAGAAAAAGUCUCUCUGGUUUGGAGAAAAGGACUAUGAUAAAAUGAAGGAUAAGAUCUUCAUGAUUGCUGAGCAGGCAAGGGAAGGCAACGGUCAAAAGCAUUGUACACGGGGAUUGGAGAGUAUCAUUCUAGAUGGUUCCGAGGAGCGUAAAUUUGCAGCGUGGGAUGCUGUGCUGGACGAGCAGGAACAUCAAAUACAAUCUGGUGCCGAGCACUUUGAUGAGGAUGCCCUCUCGCAAUCUUAUCGAGACGCAUGCGAGGAGAGCCGUACCGUCGCCACUGCUCGAGCGCAACAAGAUGAAAAGGCAGUAGCGGAGUACCUUGCCGAAACUCGACGAUACUGCCGCCGAAUGUCCCUGUAA